ACACAAAGAAGCUUAGAGCUCAAUUACCCUUGAAAAUACUAGAAAUUUGUGUGUUUGUGAGUGACACUUGAAAAUCAUCAAAAGAAAAGUGAAAAUGGGAGCCAAGAGGUCAUCUAGUUUCUCUUUCUACAACAUGUUGAAGGGUUGUUUCUCAGGUGGGAAUAGGUAUGAUGAGUACUGGGAAGGUAGUGGAAGUGGAAGAAGGAUAUUUGCAAGUGAUGAAGAUAGAGCACAUUGGGUUGCAGAGCCUGGCAUUGAUAGAAAAGCUUCUGAUUUCAUUGCUAGAUACUAUGCCACAAGAGUCACUGACUCUGAGCAAAAAUUUGCAUCUUGAAAUUGCAUUUCCACAUUGCCUCCCAUUCAUGCAAGUAGCUACAAAUGUUCUUUUGAAUAAUGAUGUGAACACGGUAUCAUUAGAAACAACUCCUUAACACUCCUAACUUCUUUCUUUUUUUCUUUAUCUUGUUAUCAUGUUAUAUCACCUAUUAUAAUUAAUUUCUCUCUUUACUUUCAAAUAGAUUUGUGGUGUCCACAAAUCAUUUGCUUAUUCUCUUUCACUCAGACCUCUUGUACUUGUUAGUUCCCACUUCCCACCA